AUGGCAUCGAUUCGUGUAGUUACUGUGGAAGGUUGGAUUAAGGAGAUAGACCAGAACAGGGAAUGGAUCGAGUAUGAAGAAAGUGGUGGGAGGAUAAACAUCAUUAGGUGCAAGAUGUGUGUGGCACAUCAAUCGAGAUUGAGAUCGCUACGUAAUUUCAACCAGGCAUUUAUCAAUGGAGUGAAAGGAUCGGCGGCCCUGAAAAAGGAUAGUGUUGUGAAACAUUCCCGCAGUGAAAUGCAUAAGAAAGCAAUCGCUCUUACAUUAAAUCCUAAACUGACGCUCGAUGCUAUCUUCAAGACAACACCAAUAGGAAAAGCGUUGGCUGGAGCAUCAGGUGAGGAAGAGAAACGCGUGAGUAAACUCUUUGACAUUGCAUACACUAUCGCUAAGGAAGAACUGCCUUUUACAAAGUAUCCUGUUGUUAUUGGGUUAGAGAAGAAACAUGGAGUUCCAUUAGGCAACACAUACACACAUGAAGCGAAGUGCAGUGAGUUUAUUGGUGUCAUUGGUGAUACAAUGAAGAGUGAAAUGCUCACUGCUUUGAAGGAAGCCAAGUUUUAUUCCAUAAUGUGUGAUGGUUCUACUGAUGCCAGUGUGACUGAGAAAGAACUUGUCUAUGUUCAUUUUGUGAAUGAUAAAACUGGUGAGGUCCAGUCAAACUUCUUUUGCCUUUCUGAUGUUAAGCAUGCUACAGCACAAGGCUUGAAAGAUGGGUUGGAUGAAGUAUUUACUGAUGUAGAUAUGUCAGUGAAGGGAAAGUUAGUCUGUGUUUGUGCUGAUGGGGCCGCAGUGAACAUGGGAGUAAAGAAAGGUUUGAUUGCUCUUCUACGGAAUGAUGAAAUGCCCUGGUUAAUCGGGAUGCACUGUCUCAAUCACAGACUGGAACUGGCAUCUAAAAAUGCCUUUGAGAACACGUACAUGGAUGAGAUCAAUAGCAUGCUUCUGUCCUUGUAUUAUGUGUAUGAGAAGAGCCCAAAACGCCUGCGAGAGUUAAAGACUUUGGGAGAAGUCAUGGAGGAAGCUGUCACUAAGCCAGACAAGGCUCAUGGAACAAGAUGGCUACAGCACAAGUCCAGGGCACUUGCCUCCCUUCUGCGGUCAUAUCCAGUCAUUGUUGCCCAUCUUGAAUCUAUGGCCAGUGAAUCGUCAGCAGCUGCUGAUGGUGCUAGAUUUCGUGGAUACCUGAAGGUCUUAACCAGUUUCAAGUUUGUGUUGCACAUGCUGCUGUUUUUUGUGCUGUUGCAGCCAUUGGCAGCACUUUCCUGCAAUCUUCAAGGAGAGUUAGCGGACCUUAUGUUUGCCAUGGCCAGUCUUGAGUCAUUCCAUGCUUCCACAGCAAACAUUGAUUCUGUUGAAUCAGAGCAUGAGGACACAGAGGAUGUCUCUGAACUGUCAAAGUUCCUUAGUGACAUCACCUUUGAAGAUGGCAAGGCUGAAGUGGAAUUCAAGAACGUCAAGCUGACCAAUGUGAGGAUUGACGUCUUGACUGCUUUUCACAACUCUAGAAAGACAUAUGUGAAGAAGAUCAGAGAGUGUGUUGAUACAAGAUUCUCUGACUUCACUUCACAGCUGUUUCAAGCAUUCAAGGUGUUGGACACUAAUACCUGGCCAAGGGACAAGCCUUCACUUGACCAGUUUGGUCACAAGGAGCUUAGCACAGUGUUUGAGCAUUUCAAGGGUUUGCUUCAGGAAGUCCAGCGAGAAUCCAUCCAGACUGAAUGGAACUCCUUCAAGUCAUACUGGAAUUCAGUUCUGAUGGACUUGCAAAGCUCUGAUGUUUGGAGAGCAUUUGUCAAAGUUUCACCAACCAAGUACCCCAACCUUGGUCUUCUCAUCAGGGUUUUACUCACCUUUCCAGUCAGCAAUGCCAAGGUGGAGAGAGGAUUCAGUACAAUGCGCCGAAUCAAGACAGACUGGAGAUGUAGAUUAAAUGCUCGCACUCUAGAUCAUCUCAUGAGGAUCAGCAUCGAGGGACCACCUGCCGUUGACUUUAAUCCUCAGUGUGCUGUCAAGGAAUUCUUCAGCACACCUCGCAAACCAAAUGUGCAACCCUACCAAGGUAGCAGCAAGCGGCAAUAUCCAGUUGAUGACUAA